AUGACGGUCGAGAACGAACUCCUAGUUCAUGUCAAUGCUGCCAGCACCGCACGAGAUGACAGACGGUACAUUGCCAUCGCGCAAUCCAUUCUGGACUUCAGGCCAGCCAUUAUUACCAGAGUUUCUGGCCCUGGCCCUCAUCCGCCGUCCUCUGCCUCUCGAGAGGAGUUAGGUGGCGCUGAUGAACACGAAGUCGUCGUCGAUACUAGGUUGGUGUCCAAUGUCCGCAGAUUAGUGCAGGGUGAAAGUGAUUGGAUUGCCCCAGCGGCUUGA